GCAUUAACGCUCUCACCCGACCGCACCCGAGCCUCCGCGGAGGCGCGAACCGUGGUUCGCCUUCGCCGAGAUGCGCCAUUGCAUCGACCGGCGGCGUCGCGCGUGAGUGCAUUUUUUGCACCGCACACGACGGGGUUCGCGGGGCCCGUUGCCCCCAACCCUCUCCCUAGUUGGUCCCUCAGCCGACAUUUUUUGUCGACUGUCGUCCAGGAACCUUCCAGAGAGCGUAUCUUUUCUCUCACCUAAGUUAACUCACCAGUUAGUAUAAUCACUUCCCCCGCAAGCUCCUCCAGUGCAUAAAUAUAUAUCAUCUAAUAAACUUAUAUCAUGUAGUACUAAACUUACAGCAGCAUUUUCUACCGUAACUAGUUCUGGUAUUGGCUAUAUAGCUGAUUGGUAGUCUCAUAAUCCCCAUUAUUUCUCCGGUAGUUCCACCAUUAGGAUGGCAUAUGCUUUAUCCCUCGCAUUCCGAUUAUUAUCGAUUGAUAAAACUGAUAUCAAACAAAUAGUUCUUCUUUUGAAAUCCUACAUAUGAGACCUCUUCAAAACAGCUACGGAGGUUACUUGAUACCCCAUGAAUAACAUCCAAGAUUUUCACAGUGUAGGUCGCAGCUCUAAUUGACGUAAUUUGAUAGAUGGCC